AUGGCUCAACGUCUCACCUACAGACGCCGCUGCUCUUACAACACUCGCUCUAACCGCGUUAAGGCUGUCAAGACACCUGGUGGAAAGUUAGUUUUCCAAUACCAAAAGAAGCCUGUCAAGGCUCCCCGUUGUGGUGACUGUGGCGAAAAUCUCGCUGGUAUCAAGGCUCUCCGUCCCCGUGAAUUCGCCACUAUCUCAAAGACCAAGAAGACUGUCAGCCGUGCCUAUGGUGGUUCUCGCUGCGCUCACUGUGUCAGAAACCGCAUUGUCCGUGCUUUCUUGAUCGAAGAACAAAAGAUUGUCAAGAAGGUCCUCAAG